UUUUGGCGACUUCUGCAAAUUAUUAUCAUCAGUCAUCCUCCUUAGGGUCCAGACAACUGCAGAUCAUUUCCACAAAUUGGAGGUACAUGUUGGGUAAGUGGGGAAAAACAAAGUGACCGGGACCCCUCCAUGUGUGUUAACUUUUGGAAGCUAAUGUGUGAUGGAAAUCUCAUUGUACGCGUUCAAUUGAUCUAAAGCUUGUAACUUACAUAAGCCAUUAAUUCCAAUAAAUUUGUGCAACAACUGCUACUCCCAGCUUAAAGUAAGAUCAGAAAACAAGCCAUGGCAUCCUUACCAAAGAGGGUUCCCAAUUUCCAUGUAGCUCCUUCCAGACUCAUAUUUGUCUUUGUUAUCAUCCUUCCAUUUGUCUCUUCAUCUUAUUUUGCUGUUGCUCAUGCUUCUCCUGCAACUAAAACAGUUGCAGAAGAAAGUGAAGCAGUCGCUCUCUUGAUGUGGAAAGCUAGCCUUGACAAUCAAAGCCAAUCUCUCCUUUCAUCAUGGAACGAAAGUGGGCAUUGCACUUGGGUUGGAAUUGGUUGCAACGAGGACACUAAAGUAACCGAUUUAAACCUCGAGGGUAUUGGUUUGAGAGGUACGCUUUCUAGUCUUAACUUCCUUUUGUUCCCUCAUCUAGUUAAACUUGAUCUGUCCAACAACUUCAUAUACGGGACCAUUCCCCCACAGAUCGGCAGCCUUUCGAGACUCACCUUUCUUAACUUCUCUUCCAAUCAUCUUUCGGGAACAAUUCCUUCAGAAGCAGGAUUGCUCAGUGCUCUUAGUUGUCUCUCUUUGUCGUCUAACAACCUCAUGGGUUCAAUACCUCUAGCUAUAGGAAAUUUGGAUAACUUAACCGAAUUAUACCUUUUUGACAACAAACUUUCUGGAUCUAUCCCUCAAGAAGUUGGGAUGCUUAGGUCUCUCUCUAAUCUUUCACUAUCGUGGAACAACCUUAGUGGGUCAAUUCCUGCGUCUGUAGGGAACUUGGGAAAUCUUAAAAUUUUGUACCUUCACCACAACAAACUUUCCGGUUCAAUUCCUCAAGAAGUAGGAAUUCUAAGAUCUCUCAUUGAUCUUGCAUUGUCGACGAAUAAUCUCACAGGGUCAAUUCCUGCUUCAAUAGGGAACCUAAAAAACCUCACAAGAUUGUCUCUUUAUGCGAACUCUUUCUCUGGCUCAAUCCCUCUAGAACUAGACAACCUUAGAUAUCUACAAGUGCUUGACGUAAGCUACAACAAGGUCACAGGUCGCCUAUCGCCGAACUUGUGUAUUCAUGGAUCACUCAUGAGAUUGCUUGCAGCAAACAACUACUUAAUAGGUCAUAUCCCGAAUAGCUUGAGAAAUUGUAGGGAGUUGCAACGUGUUAGGUUUGAUCGAAACCAACUGAUGGGGCAAAUAUCAGAAGUUUUUGAGGCACUCCCAAACUUGGUAUAUCUGGAUCUCAGUUAUAAUAAAUUCUAUGGUGAACUAUGGCAAAAAUGGGAGCAGUUUCCUAAUUUGACUAGCCUAAAGAUCUCCAAUAAUAUCCUUUCUGGAAACAUUCCACUUGGAAUUGGAAGCGCAACUCAGUUACGUUUACUUGACCUCUCUUCAAAUCAUCUAGUCGGUGAGAUCCCGAAGACUUUUGAAAAGUUGGUUUUAUUGUUCAAACUUAAUCUUAGCAAUAACCAACUUUCAAGCGACAUUCCACCAGAAAUUGGAAGUCUGUCUAGUCUUCAGCAUCUUGACUUGUCCGGAAACAAUCUAAGUGGACCUAUUCAAGGGAAGCUGGGUGAGUGUGUGAAUUUUCUGAACUUGAAAUUGAGCAGGAAUCGGCUCAGGGGGGCGAUUCCUUAUGAAUUAGAAAAAUUGCACUUUCUUCAAAAUCUUGAUCUUGGAAAUAAUUUAUUAACAAGUGAGAUACCACCAGGGAUCGGGAACUUAAAAAGCUUAGAGACACUAAAUCUCUCUCACAACUUGUUGUCCGGCUCUAUCCCCUCCUCUUUCAAUGAGAUGUCAAGUUUAACGUCCGUUGACAUAUCUUACAAUCACUUGGAGGGUCCUCUGCCCAACAUAAAAGCAUUUGAAGAUGCUCCAUUUCAAUCAUACCGAAAUAAUGAUAGAUUAUGUGGCAACAAAACUAGUUUGAUGCCAUGCUCACGGAAGAAGAGCAACAUCGAUAAAGGGAGAAAUUACAAAAAAAUUGUUAUUCUAGUCGCAGUUCCUAUCAUGGCCAUUUCAUUUUUGAUUGUUGCUAUGAUUUUUUUGGUUCAUCACCCCAAAAUGGGAGACAAUGAAAUGGAGCCAAAUAGAGCAACUAUUAAGGAUAUGUUUGAGAUUUGGAGCUUCGAUGGAAAAUGGGUGCAUGAAAACAUCAUCCAAGCGACGGAGGAUUUCAGUGACAAGCAUUGCAUUGCAGUAGGUGGAUAUGGCGUUGUUUAUAGAGCUGAACUGCCAAGUGGUCAAGUUGUCGCUGUAAAAAAGUUUCAUCCUUCGCAAGAUGGCGAGUUGGCUAAUUUGCAAAGUUUUACGAGUGAGAUUCGUGCAUUGACAGAGAUACGACAUCGGCAUAUCAUAAGGCUUUUGGGUUACUGUUCACAUCCACAACAUUCAUUUUUGGUUUACGAGUUCUUAGAAGGGGGGAGCUUGGACAAGAAACUAAGCGGUGAGGAAGAAGCUCUAAGUUUGGAUUGGGGUAAGAGGAUGAAUGUCAUUAAAAGUUUGGCAGAUGCUUUGUCAUAUAUGCACCAUGGUUGUUCACCCCCGGUCAUUCAUCGCGAUAUAUCAAGCAAGAAUGUUCUGCUAGACUUGGAAGACAUCGCUCAUCUCUCUGAUUUUGGAACUGCUAGACUUCUAAACUUGCACUCAUCAAAUUGGACUUCCUUUGCAGGCACGUUGGGAUAUGCUGCUCCAGAACUUGCUUACACAUUGGAGGUGAAUGAGAAGUUAGACGUCUAUAGCUUUGGAGUUUUAACACUUGAAGUUAUAAUGGGGAGGCAUCCAGGGGACCUCAUCUCUUCUCUUUCUUCAUCAUCGUUGGACUCACCACCACCAUCUUCUUAUGGUAUUUUGUUGAAGGAUAUAUUGGAUAAACGACUCCCACUACCAAGGAAUCACUUGGCGGAAGCAGUGGUUCUUGCUGUAAAGCUAGCACUUGCAUGCUUGCAGCCGAGUCCGCGGUGCCGACCAACCAUGCAACAAGUUUCUGUGGCUCUAACAAAGCAGAAGUCACACAUGCAGAACCCGUUCCUCAUGAUCACAUUAGAACAACUACUAAUUGAUAUCAAUUGUCCAAGUGCCUAAGUGUUCGUGUUGUACCUUCCCCAGUUUGGGUUUUGGACACUCGAGGCACCGAUGCAGAGAGCGAAAGAACUGAGAUUGUGAUCAGUAGGCCUAAGUGGUAUUCUUGUUCGAAUCAUACGCAUACAAUUUACUCUGGUAAAUGUAGCAGUUUGGAAAGAAAGUAUUGUUGGUUGUGUUUUACACCAGAUUCAACUAAAAAGUGACAUCAUCUUUUAUAAUUUAAGUUUUUACUUUCGAUGC